AUGUUACAGGUCCACUAUAUUCGGAGAAACUUCAAGAGUAUUGACUUUGGGCAAGAGGAUCUUAAAAGCUUGAGUGAUGCAGUGGAUGGUUUUUCGCUUAUGACCUAUGACUUCUCAGGGCCGCAGCAUGCACCUCUGAAGUGGAUCCGUUCUACUUUACAGCUACUCCUUGGUCCCUCCGGUACGGGUACUUCUAGCCUGGCCCACAAGAUAUUUAUUGGUAUCAAUUUCUAUGGCAAUGACUUCAUCCUCUCCGAAGGCCUUCUUCGAUUAUUUGUCUUUGUUGGAACAGCACAGGCCUUCUUCUAUUCAGUGGGAGAAGAGCAGCGCGGAGCAUUUUCUUUUGUAUACACUGACAAUAAGCGUGUCAAGCAUGUAGUGCUGUUUUAG